AUGGCCAAGGCUGCCGGCCCAGCUGGCUUUGAAUGCGUGAAUGUGAUAUUCAAGGCUUCCAGGAUCAGCCCUAAGAAGUUACGGCAGAGCCUCUUUGGAAAUGCCGUCCAUGUCUUCAGCUAUGACUGGAAAAAGGCCUAUUUCAGGUUCCAUGAUCCUUUUUCUGACCUGGCUUUUGCUUUGGAAGUAGAAAAGGGAGGUGCCCGAAGCAUUCAGAUGGCUGUACAAGGAUCCAUCAUCAAAUACUUGUUGUUUACAAGGAAGGGAAAAGACUGUAACUUUCACAGUUUAUGUGCAAUAAGCAAACGGGAGCAGGAGCAGGGCCUGGCUGCGGCACUGGCUAGCAUCCUGUGGGCGGCAGGCGCAACUGAGAAGGCCACUGUCUGUCUCAUCGCUGAGGACACUUACAUCACCUCAACUCCUGACUACUCGGGAGAUGAUUUCACUGAGCGGCUCCAGCUGUUUGAACUUUUAGAGAAAGAAGCCACUGAGAGAUUCAUCUAUGAUCAUUUACAAUGUUUCAAAGGGGAACGAAGCCACGGUGUCAUCUUGUUUCUUUACAGCCUCAUCUUCUCCAGAACAUUUGAAAGGCUUCAGAAGGACCUAGAUGCCUCCACAGCUCAUCUGUUACAACCAAGUGCUGGGGGCUUCCUGUGCAGGCAGGCCGUUUUGAACAUGAUUCUAACCGGAAGAGCAAGUCCAAAUGUCUUUAAUGGCUAUCAGAAGGGAAAGUCGCAAGAAAUAUUACAUGGAGUCCUGACCCGCAGUGACGUCGGGUAUUUGCAGUGGUAUAAGGAUGCCUCAGAGGAUGACAGGCUUUCGCAGGUGGGCAGCAUGCUGAAGACCCCCAAAUUACCUAUUUGGCUGUGCAACAUCAAUGGAAAACCCAGCGUCCUUUUUAGCACAAACAGGCAGCUCUCAUCAGACUGGAAAGCAGAGCGUCGCUUUGCUCUGUAUCUGUACAGUGGCCGCCCCCCCCAGAACACGCCUGUGCAUCUCAUAGUAGAUACUCACUCCCAUCACUGGGAAAGGAACCAACAUGAAGAUGAACAUGUACCAAGAAGACGGUUUUCUCCAGUAGAGAUGGCAAUCAGGACCAAGUGGAGAGAAGCCACCAUCAACUGGAAUGGAACCGUUCCCUUUCUCUAA